AUGUUGUUUGGCAUCUCUGAUGCGCUUGAGCUUGAGCUUCAGUGGCACAUCGAUAUCUUCAAUCAAGUGUUUCCACAGCCUGCAGGACCUUUGCUUGCAAAAUUAGCAUUUCAAAAACUCUAUAAACGGCAGGCUCGCCCAGAGGAGACCGACAACCUCGUCGUUCGCGAUGAGUACCUUGGCUGGGUAAUGGAAGGGAAAUCUGCUAUCACCAAAAUGCUGAUCCAUAAUAGCCAGAUUGAUUACUACGGUGUUACAUUUGACCAUCUUGUUUCUACCUCCGAUAAUAAUCCGGAAGUAUUACAGAUUAAUAUUAUUGAGAUGGAUAAUGACGGAGGUGCAUAUGCGGAGGAGACGCUGCUGUUCAAGCCCUGGCGGUCCCUCGGUGUUGUCAAAAGAGGAAAGGGACUCAGGAUCAAGAGAGGAUUAACUCUGGGGUAG